CCCGAGGAAUUCCACACGUGCGGUCAAGGUCACUAAGUAUGUUGUUGAUGGUAUUACUAGGCUAAAGGAAAGUGGAUACAUUCCGCAAAAGAUGAACAAUGCUUAGACUUUAAUCUAUUUGACAAUCUGUUCCUAACACCGGACCAAGGUGGACAAAUGGAUCCUUCCCUUCCGGGGGUGGACAAAUUUCCUGGGGUUAUAGAGCCAUACUUCAGCCAUCGGAAAAAAAGGAUGUCUGUUGAUUGGAGUACUUGCACAACACUGGAUACAAAUGAAGACGAUUCAUUGAUGGAGUAUGAUCAUAGAAAAGUCACUGGCUCCAAGUCAAAAAACACUAUGAUGGACUCUCAGACAGGAAAUGACAGACAAAACCACAGUGAGAUUGAGAAAAGGAGGAGAGACAAAAUGAAUGCUUACAUCACCGAGUUGUCUUCAAUGCUCCCAAUGUGUAACGCCAUGAACAGAAAACUGGACAAGUUAACUGUGUUACGAAUGGCGGUACAGCAUCUCAAGUCCCUCAGAGAAGGUGCAGCUAUGUCGAUACCUGAAGCUCGACCCUCCUUUCUCUCUGACGAUGAUCUCAAACAUCUAAUUCUAGAGGCAGCUGAAGGAUUCCUGUUUGUUGUGAGCUGUGACAGGGCCAGAAUUCUCUAUGUAUCAGAAUCUGUCCGCAAUAUCCUCAACUACACAAGGCUGGAUCUGAUUGGUCAGAGCCUCUUGGAUUACCUUCAUCCACAUGACAUUAACAAGGUUAAAGAGCAGUUGUCAGCAUCAGAUGUCUACCCCAGGGAACGAUUAAUAGAUGCCAGAACCAUGAUGCCAGUAAAAACGGAACUGAUCCGGCGACCAACAUACCUCUGUUCUGGUGCUCGACGGUCGUUCUUCUGUCGGAUGAAAUCAGGAAGCUCCGUUACAGAUCUGUGUUCAGGACUCAAAUCCGAGAAGGACAUCGAUCUGGAGCUCUGUAGUCGGAAGAAAAAAUCAGAUAGGAAAUCUUUCACUGUGAUACACUGUACUGGUUACCUCAAAUCCUGGCCUUCGUCAAGUUUGGACAUGAAGGAACAGGAGGACUCGGAAGAUAACUGUGAUUUAAGUUGUUUAGUGGCAGUCGGACAAAUCAAAACAACCUGUGAUCGAAAACUUGUGGACAGGGACAGUGAUAUUAAUGUCCGAUCUAUAGAAUAUGUCUCGAGAAUGAGCAUCGAUGGCAAGUUUACCUUUGUUGAUCAGGGAGCCACAAUAUUGUUAGGAUACCUACCUCAAGAGCUGUUAGGAACAUCAGUUUAUGAGUUCUACCAUCAAGACGAUAUUUCUGUAAUGUCUGAUAUACAUCGAAAAGUUUUAAAGUCAAAAGAGAAAGUGAAAACCAAUGUGUACAGAUUUAAAAUUAAAGAUGGUUCAUUUGUUCACUUGCGAUCAGAGUGCUUCAGUUUUCGGAAUCCAUGGACAAAGGAAGUGGAAUAUAUUGUGUCAACGAAUACUUUUGUACCGGAACAGGAGGUUACCAGUUCAGGUCAGAGUAUGGAUGCAGGUUCAGAGGUCAUGGAGGGCAACUGUAAUUGGGAGUAUAAAGAAGACCAGCAGGCAGGACUGACUGAAAAGAGGAAAAAUGGGGCAGGAGCUGUUGCUACGGGAACCAAGCUGGGUGCUGGGCGGAUAGGUCGACAGAUUGCUGAAGAGAUGAUAGAAAUGCAGAGAGGCUUCAAUACCACGCUAGCAGACAGUACUAAUUCCGUACCUGUGGCGAGCACGGCUACCAUACCUGGAAGACAUUUUGGUUUGUCUAAUGGUCUAGCCGUCAAAGUCCCAGUUCCUUGUACGGAUCCUCCAGUUGCUACGGCAACAGAGGUGGUCGUGCCUAGUGAAGUUGCGGCAACCUUGGCAAAUCAGGUAGCCGCCACGCGGAAAAAUGGUCUGACGGUCCCCACACAAUCACCUACCACAGCGGGUGCAGUGGCCAGCACGUCAGCGGAGACAAAUCUGAUUGAAGGAGUGAUCGCAGAACAGGAAUCCACGGAGAACGAGGCAGGACAAAGCAAUGAACAAGGAAAUGACGAAGCAGCGAUGUCAAUAAUAAUGAGUUUGUUAGAAGCAGAUGCAGGUUUAGGAGGACCUAUUGACUUUAAUGAUCUCCCGUGGCCAUUAUAGUUGUGGCAUAAGACUAGACAUGAGUUACUUCCCUUUGAGAAGUAAAAUCCACAUGAUCUUUUUGAGCUCUGUUGAGCAGAGAUAAAAAGAAGUUGUGUUAACCAGGAAACCUAAGGGUCAUGAAUGGACAGACCUGGUCUUUAUAUGGCUCUAGUGGAGGGAGGGUCAAAGGUCAGUGCAUACAGUGAUCCGGCCCAGAUGCACAUGUUGAGAUUAAUCUGACUAUUCAGCUCAAGGUUACUAAGGGAGAAGAUACGAGUGUAUAAUCAUGUGAUAUUUAUUUCAUGUAAAUAAGAUAGACCAACAGCAUUUAUCCCUGCAUGAAAUCUCGUUAUUUAAGUGCUAGAGAACCCCGUAUUUCUUUGUGAUCGAUUGAUCAAACACAGAUGUUAACGUUAUUGAUGGGGGGAGAAUCAUUUAUUUUUUAAUGAACAGGUCUAGAGGAAUUCCAAAAUAGAAACAAAGAUAAUAUUUCAAAUAUUUUGUAAAUUUUUGGAUUUUGCAAAUUUCGAAAUCCAAUGGCCUUUAUAAAUGAUUUUUUAAAGCAAAGAUACAGCUUUAAAUAUUGUGCCUAUAAAGGGUUCGAUGAACCAAAGUCAUUAAACUUCCUAUCUUGCUAAUGUUUAGCAGCAAACAAAUGUCUCGACUUCUGUUUUUACACACAUCUCACCAUGUUUAAAAUAAUCCACUGCAUAACUGGAUGUUUGAUAAUGCUAGUUCAUUAUGAAUACAUGAAAUAUUUGCAUUUCUCAUUUUUCCUCAAAUUGAGAACAGUUUGAUGAAAGAAAUCCUUCUGCUUUACAUAUAUAUGCAGGCUUUUGAAAAUAAUAUCAUUUUUAAGGGAAACAGCCAUGUUUUGCUCAACUUAGUUGUACCGGUACAUAUCUGCGUUUUAUAAUAAUAGCUAGGCCAUCAUUGCUUUUGCAAUCUUUUUUAUUAAAGAUUCGUUACCACUUAAAUUGGUGCUUCUGCAAUUGUAAUUCUGUAAAUCAAAGGUAAUAAGUGGUAUUUUCAAUCUUUAAAGGAAAACAACCUGAGCUUUAUGCAAACUUCACAUGUGUGUUGUGUUGUUCAUUUUCUGUUGUU